CAUCAACCCCAGCAAAACAACAAAACAGCACAUCCACAAUGGCCCUCCCUCCCUCCCACCAGUGCUGCACCCUCGCCCCCGCCCAGGCCGAGUACACCCCCAAGGGCGAGUACGCCGACUUCAACGGCCUCAAGACGUACUGGACUGGCCCCACCGACACUGGUAAAGCAGUCCUCUACGUGUACGAUGUGUUCGGCUUCAGCCCGCAAGCGUUGCAAGGCGCCGACCUUCUCGCGUCGGCUGGCUACCGCGUCGCCAUCCCCGACUUCCUCCAGGGCAACUACGCUACCCCCGAGAUGUUCUCCGGCACCCCCGAGGGCAACGCUGCGCGCGCCAAGCUGUUCGGCGGCUUCCCCGGCGUCCCUACGAGCCAGAGCGAGCAGAUCGGCAAGGCGCUCGACGGCCUCAAGGCCCAGGGCUACGCCAAGGUCGGCGCCUCUGGCUUCUGCUGGGGCUGGAAGGCGAUCGUGUCUGCUGAGAAGGUCAACGAGUUUGACGCCAUUUCGGCGGCCCACCCUUCGUUCAUCGACGUUGCCGACGCCGAGAAGAUCAAGGGCACCCCCGUCCUCCUCCUCCCCUCGGGGGGCGAGGACAAGGCCACUGUCGACGGCCUGUACGCCGCCCUCGAGAAGGCCAACCCCGGCAACAACUUUAUCAAGUGGUACCCCGACGACGUGCACGGCUUUGCUGCCGCGCGCGCCGACCUCAAGGACGACAAGCAGCGCGGGGCGUUCCACGACGCCUUCGUCCAGUUCACCAACUUCUUCAAGGCCAAGCUUUAAGCGGGCGGGAGUAACGGUGUAUAUAGAGCUCGCUUGUAGGCGAUCGUAUGAAGGGAGCCGGUGAUUGGAGU